AUGAAGCUCUGGAAAAAAACAACCGGAGCUAUCAAAGACCAAAACACCAUUUUCAUCGCCAGCCUAUCUUCACGUCGAAUCUCCAUUCAUAACAACAUCGACAUUCAAGCCUUAGUUAUCAAAUCAACAAGCCAUAAUGAAUAUAAAAUCGAUUACCGUAAUAGUCAUCGUAUUUUCCGUUUGAUUCCUCAAUCUCCCGCCAAACAUCUUCAAACGUUUACAUGGGCUUUAACGAUUCGAAUGGAGAAAACCCGCGAUUGGGUUGUUGCACUUAAGGGACUUAUAUUAAUGCAUGGUGUUCUUUGUUGUCGAGUUCCUGCUGUUCAUAAACUUGGUCGUCUUCCUUUCGAUUUAUCAAGUUUCAACGAUGGUCAUCUCUCUGGUACUAAAUCAUGGCCGUAUAAUACAUUCAUCAGAUCAUACUUUGCUUUUCUUGAUUCGAAAUCAGAUCUGUUCUCGAGCUUUGUUCGUGAAGAGAAGAAGAAUAAGGAUGUUGUUUCGAUGGAACCUAAACAACAUGUAAAAGCGAUGAAUCUGUUCCGUUUGCAUAAACUCCAGAUCCUUUUAGAUUUACUCAUUCAGAUCAAACCUGAAUCAAUGGAGAUCGUUCAGAUCUUGAUCCUAGAAGCGAUGGACAGCGUGAUCAUCGAAAUCUUCGACGUUUAUAGUAAAAUAUGCAACGGUAUCGCUCAACUAUUACCCACGAUCGACGUAUCAAACAGAAAUGAAUCGCUACAGACGUUGAAAAUACUUCGCAAAGCAACCCAGCAAGGAGAUAAACUGAGUGAUUACUUCGAGAUGUGUAGGAAGAUUGGAGUAAUGAAAGCGUCUGAACAGCCGGUGAUUCCGAUUAUACCUAUUGACGAGAUCAGAGAGCUUGAGCGAGCGAUUAACGAGGAGAAAGCGAUUGUAAAGAUGGAUGAGAAUGAGAGGAUUAGUGAGAGUAGAUCAAGGAAUGAUUUUUAUACUAUAAUUACAGAUGAAUGGGAAGUGUUUGAUGAGAAUUUGAUAGGAAUUGAGAAUGGUGAUGAGAAUCAAUUGGCCAUUGUUGAACCUUGGUAUGAUUCUUGUGGGAGUUCAUGUGGAAGAAAGUGUGAAGAAUUGCCAGAUUUGAUUAGUUUCUUGUAGCAGAAAUUCAAAUUUUUGAUUUUUGGGGGGUUUGAUUUGGUUCCAUUGGUUUGAUGUCAUAAGGAAACAAUUCAUUCUUUUGUAUUAAAUGGAAAGAUUAUAUUAUAUAUUAAUAUAUUUAAAUUAUACAGU